AAUCAUUCCAGUGCGCUGCUAUCUUCUCCAAUCUCUUAUCUCUCUUUCAUUCUAGAUUCAUUUUAUUAUUUGUAUCCAUUGUGCAGGUCACUAUGCGUUCUACUUCCGCCAUUAUUCCGCUUCUCUUCGCCGGUGCAUACGCCUGGCCAUCCGACAAGUUCGUUCGCCAGCCCGAGGGCGAGAUCAGCUCCUCGGCAGCUACUUCGUCAGUUCUGCCCACAGCAACGCUAGAAGCUGAGUCCGUUACCUCAGACGAGUCCCUGUUCGCAGCAUCGGUGACAGGAGCAUCGGCGACAGGAGCAUCGGCAUCUGCAUCAACGGCCACUGGAGCCGCCCAACCAUCGGGUACAACAUCUGCCGGCGGCCCAGAGCCCUCAGCAGGUGGUGGAUCCAGCGAAACCUACGACAAGGGUUAUGGCGAUAAGGUGGAGACCCUACGUGAAGACUUGAGGGAGAAAUGGUAUAGGCCCCACACUUCUAAGGACGGAAUAGACAAGCCCGCCGAUCCAAAGAGCGUCUACACCUGUGUCGGGCCCGAAGCAAAGGAUUAUCCAGGUAUUGAUGAGUGGGUGUCCUGGGAGACCAUGUGGGAGAUCAAUGAGCCUAUCAUUAAAGAGCACAAUGGCGGCGAUACUCAUAACGAGAAAAUCAAAAAGGCUAUCGAGGAGGUUAGCGAGAUGAGCUUCGUUGAUGCGCGACUUAUUCUCGCAGUCAUCAUGCAAGAGUCAGGCGGUAAGGUGGAUGUUGAAUGCACUGGCCCGGAGAAGAAAGAUUGUGGUCUCAUGCAAAUCAAGGGUGGUGUCGAAGGUAAACCUGAGAAUAUCAAGCAAAUGAUCCUCGAUGGUGUAUUUGGUGUGUCGCAGGCGAACUGGGCCCCUAAAGGCACGCCGGGUUUUCUCACUCACCUGAAUGGUGACAAGGAGGGACUAGGUUGGUUGAUAGAUGUGGCGCCCAAGUCAUUCUGGGAUGGCAAUCCUUUUGCUGCUGGUCACUCUUACAACGCUGGACGAUUGAGUGAUGAAAAAUUGACCCAUGACGAUGGUGCGAAGAGCGUUUGGUAUCCUAACGAUAUGGCUAGUCGACUUACGGGUUGGGACGGCGGAAAGCCAGGAUGUGAAAAGAGUAUCACUGACCCUAAGUGCGUCGCCCUUGGUCUAGAUGCUAGGGGCUCAUGCUAGAUGGCGCCUGCUGCCUGAGGGAGUGUAAUCGUUUCGCUGGCACGGAAUGUUGGAGGAUUGGCAGUCUUGUAUACCUAGGUAGCUUGGUCUCACCCGUUGAACGAAGAUGUGAACCUUGACGCUCUUUUACGCUAGUUAUCAUAGAACAUGAAGGUAUCAAUUAGGAUGUUUCU